AUUGCCAGUCGACACCUGACAUGACUUCUGUGCCACCAGCGCUCUCUGCAAAUGCAACAUUUAUUCGCCCUUCCAAUUUUUAUAUCAAUGGAUUUUACAAUAUUCCACACACAAAUUACUACUAUGCAUUUCUCUGCAUUGUGUAUGCUGUGACAGUUUUAGGGAAUUCUUUUAUCAUGUGCACCAUCUAUCUAGCACGUACCCUCCACACAGCAAAGUACAUAGCUGUGUUUAACUUGGCUCUUUCUGAUUUGGGAGGCAGCUCUGCUCUUAUUCCACAGCUUAUUGAUACUUUUCUGUUUAAGAAUCAGCUCAUCUCAUAUGAAGCCUGUCUGGCAAACAUGUUUUUUGUCUUAUUCUUCAUGACCUUGCAGUCUCUCACUCUGCUUGUUAUGGCCUAUGACAGGGUAGUGGCUAUAUGUUUUCCUUUAAGGUAUAAUGCCAUUGUUACCAAAGCAGCAAUGACUUUAAUCAUUGUUAUUACCUGGAUUUUCUCUGUAACUAUCAUUGCACUCCUUGUAGCUCUGAUUACCAGACUGUCCUUCUGUAGAUCUGUAAUCAUCGACAGCUAUUUCUGUGAUCAUGGUCCUACCUAUAUAUUAGCUUGUAAUGAUAAAUUUAUAAAUUAUUUCAUGGCUAUACUCUGUUUUGUUGUGUUGGCUUGUGUUCCAAUGAUAUUAAUAACUAUCUCAUAUAUUUGUAUUGGCAUUGCCUUGAUGAAAAUCUCACAUGGUCUUGAGCGGAAGAAAGCUAUGAAAACUUGUACUUCCCACCUUAUUUUAGUGUCUUUAUUUUAUCUCCCAUUUUUUGGCACUAAUAUGGCAUCUCUUACAUCAUCUUUAAAAGCCAAUGAUAGGAUAAUUAAUUCUACUCUGACACAGACUAUUCCACCCAUGUUAAACCCCAUUAUAUAUACUUUAAAGACAGAAGAGGUCAUGCAGGCUGUUAAAGUACUCUACAAACGGACCAAAGCGGUAGUGAAACGUAGCAUGCCUAGUGGACAGGCAAUUCACCCAUGAGUAGGAGUUUGGAGUAAAAAAGAACAUUUGUUGAAUAAUUCUUUCAUUGAAAUAUAAUGUCCACAAACCUUUGGCUUCAUGAAAUUAAUUACCAUUAAGUUGUCAUAUACUUUGAUGUAAUGAAAAAAAGCCUUUUUCAUUAUAUCCCAUAUUCAAUGAAAACAUUAACAUGUAUAAAUAAACCUUGUAUUUUUAAUAAAUUAUAAUUCUAUGACUAUGCAGGUACAAAUGAAAAUUCUAAUAUAUUGUAAAUUGUUGUCUUUGAUUACUAAUUUAGUAAUCAAAGAUUACUGAGCACAUAUCACAAUGUUUAGUAUGGACCUAAAAGGUGUAGGUUCAGCUGUCUCAUUAUUUGUGUUUUUAAAGAGACCUGCCUAAUGCAUUACAAAUGUGAAGUAUAAAUGUCUUAACAAUGGCGUGCUUAA